AUGGAGAAGAGUCCUUCAUUUGGGUUCCUAAGCCAAGAUCUAGAUCUUGACAUAGCCCAGACUGUGGCUUCAACGAGGGCGAGUUCGUCGGCAAGGUCUUCGUUCCAUUGUGGCUUCAAAAGUCAAACUGUCAGAGUACUCUGUAUUAAUCUGAGAAGUCUAGUUGAUCGGAAUAAAGCCAAUUUCAUCCCGCCUACUUCUCACAUGACAGACCAUCCAAAACCAUCUCAGACCAUCCUAACCCAGGACCUUGCCGACGAACUCGCCCUCGUCGACGCCAAGCCCGACAAACUCCGUGACGCCAAGCCCGCCUACUUCUCACAUAGAUCGGACCUCUGCAUCGUGAUGGCGGGAGCGCAUCAAAACACCGGUGAGUCGAGGCCGAGUCUACUUCACCGAAACGUGGCACUCUUCCGGAAUAUAAUACAACCGCUAGCACAACACUCGCAAGAUUCGAUAUUGAUGAUAGUUUCCAAUUCGGUGGAUAUUUUGACAUAUGUCGCCUGGAAGCUCUCUCGUUUUCCUUAUAACCGGGUGACUGGAUCGGGGACGAAUCUUGACUCGUCGAGGUUCCGACGGGUCUGA